AUGAAAAAAAUUAGCUUUGUUGCUAAUGCAAAUGCUUUGGGCUUUGCCAAUAAGUGGUGUAAUUUAGGUCUCACCAACUUUUGCCGAACUCCACCUACACCAACUGUACCAACUGCACCAACUAUAACAACAACAUUUACACCAACAACGAUUACAUCUCCACCAACGACACCAACCGGCACCACAACCACAAUUACUUCUCCUACUGCAACUGGAACUGGAACUGGAACUGGAACAGGAACAGGAACAGGAACUGCAACAGGAACUACAACAGUAACAGCAAGAGCAUUACAUGAUGAAUCUGACACAGAUGGAGCACGCCGCCGCGCUUUUCGUCGUAAUAGAAGAGGAAGAAAAGGAAUUCGCCGGGUACCUGCAAGACUUCUUAGACGAGGUUAG